CGAAACAUGAGAGCCCUAGUGAGCGCCAGCUCUCGCCGGCAGCAGCAGAGAAGGCAUCCCCCCCAAGCAGGCUGCCCUGGCGGAAUUGCAGCCUCCUUUAUAGGGGACAACGGGAAGGGACGACUGGCUGCUGCCGUCUUUGCCGGCCCUUUUCCGUCCGGCGCCCGCCUCACCGGGAACCUUCGUCACCCUCAGGUCGUCGUUUGGCGCCUGGGCGCCUCUGCCGCGCGGCUUCUUAAACCUGCGGCCGCUCGCGCCGGGAGCAAGGGUGCCUCGAGCAUCUUCCCCUCGCGCGGCUUUGCCCACGUGCUGUGUUUUUUUUCCCAAAGCCCCAGUCUCUCAUCCCUCGACGUUGCUCCCCGCACCCGCCUGGAAGGGGGGGAUUUCUCUGCCCCCACCCGUAGCCACGACACUUCAUUUGUAUCUCCUGCCCCCUUCGGAUGUUUGCUUGUGCGUCUUAAAGACAUCUUGCUCUUGGAUCGCCUUAGGAUUUUGUCACGCCAGCAGCAGGGGGGCUAGGACUUCGCCGAGAGGAGCCAGAAGAGGCCAUGGUAGGGCUGAAGAUGCUCCCGCAGAAACUGCUCCUGGUGGCCGUGGUCCUCUGUUUCUUCGAAGGGGAAGGCAAGUUUGGGGAGAACAUGGGCAAGAAGAGAAGGUGCUUGAACGGCAGCCCCCCCAGGCGCCUCAAGAAGCGCGAGAGGAGGCUGAUGCUCUUGGAGCCGCCCAGCGUUGGGGAGUUGAUGUGCCGGGGCUUCUACCCCCGCCUCUCUUGCUGCCCCAGGGCGGAGAGCCCGGGCUUGCUGCAGAUGGAGAAUAACAAGAUCUUUUCUGUUAUGAACAACACAGAAUGUGUGAAGCUGCUGCAGGAAAUCAAAUGUGCACACUGUUCUCCAAACGCUCAAAAUCUGUUCCACACACCUGAGAAAGAAGCACUGGAAAGAGAACUAUUUCUUCCUUUCCUUUGCAAGGAUUAUUGUAAAGAAUUCUAUUACACUUGCAGAGGUCACAUUCCAGGUUUGCUUCAAACGACACCUGAUGACUUUUGUUUCUACUAUGCAAGAAAAGAUAGUGGAUUAUGCUUUCCGGAUUUUCCAAGAAAACAAGUUCGAGGACCAGCUUCUAACUAUUUGGACCAGAUGGAAGAAUAUGGAAAAGGAGAAGAUAUCGGCAGGAAACAUAAACAUAACUGCUUUUGCAUGCAUGAAGUGGUAAGUGGCUUGAGGCAACCUGUUGGAGCAGUACACUCUGGAGAUGGAUCACAGCGCCUGUUCAUCCUUGAGAAAGAAGGAUAUGUGAAGAUUUUCACACCUGAAGGAGAACUAAUUAAGGAGCCAUUUCUGGACAUCCACAAACUUGUACAAAGUGGAAUAAAGGGUGGAGAUGAAAGAGGGCUCUUAAGCCUUGCAUUCCAUCCCAAUUACAAAAAAAAUGGAAAGCUGUAUGUGUCUUAUACCACCAACCAAGAGCGAUGGGCCAUUGGUCCACAUGACCAUAUCCUUAGGGUUGUAGAGUACACUGUCUCCAGGAAAAAUCCACAUCAGGUUGAUAUGAGAACAGCAAGAGGUUUCCUAGAAGUUGCAGAGCUACAUAGAAAACACCUUGGAGGGCAAUUGCUAUUUGGCCCUGAUGGAUUUUUGUAUAUAUUUCUUGGUGAUGGGAUGAUCACUAUAGAUGACAUGGAGGAGAUGGAUGGUCUAAGUGAUUUUACAGGUUCUGUUUUGCGUCUGGAUGUAGACACUGAUUUCUGCCAUGUGCCUUAUUCCAUACCAUGGAGCAAUCCACACUUUAACAGCACCAAUCAACCUCCUGAAAUUUUUGCCCAUGGACUCCAUAAUCCAGGCAGGUGUGCUGUGGAUCGCCACCCAACAGAUGCAAAUAUUAAUUUAACAAUACUUUGUUCAGACUCCAAUGGAAGGAACAGGUCUUCAGCAAGAAUCCUUCAGAUAAUAAAAGGGAAAGAUUAUGAAAGUGAGUCUUCGCUUUUAGAAUUCAAGCCAUUCAGUAGUGGACCACUGGUUGGUGGAUUUGUAUACAGAGGUUGCCAGUCUGAAAGACUAUAUGGAGCUUAUAUAUUUGCUGAUCGCAAUGGGAAUUUUUUAACACUGCAACAAAAUCCCAUGACCAAACAGUGGCAAGAGAAACCGUUAUGUCUCGGCAACAGCGGCUCAUGCAGAGGCUUCUUUUCGGGACAUGUCUUGGGAUUUGGCGAAGAUGAAUUAGGUGAGGUUUACAUUGUAGCAAGCAGUAAAAGCAUGACACAGUCUCACAACGGGAAGCUCUACAAGAUUGUUGAUCCCAAAAGGCCCUUAGUCCCAGAAGAAUGCAAAAGAACAGCUCUUCCCACUCAAAUUCUGACCACUGAAUGCUCAAGGCAUUGUCGAAAUGGGCACUGCACUCCCACUGGAAAAUGCUGCUGUAAUCAAGGCUGGGAAGGCGAGUUCUGCAGAACUGCAAAAUGUGAUCCAGCCUGUCGACAUGGGGGUGUCUGCAUACGACCAAAUAAAUGCUUGUGUAAAAAAGGAUAUCUUGGUGCUCAAUGUGAACAAAUGGAUAGAAACAUCCGAAGAGUGACAAGGGCAGGUAUUCUUGAUCAGAUCAUAGACAUGACAUCCUAUUUGCUGGAUCUAACCAGCUAUAUUGUAUAGUUUCUGGGACUAUUUGGAUACCACAUUUUCCAUGGGCAUUUAUUUUUGAGUAUUUUCUUCUUUAAACAAGAGAGAGAAAGACUGUUAUCUUGCUUUGAAACUCCAGUGAUUACAUUUGGCUUUUAGAUCUGUCUUUUACAUUUUUCAGACAAGCAACAACGUACAAUUCACGCACAAACACCUGAUUGUAUAGCUGGUGGAAUAUCAAAACUAUAUUUCUUCAUGUGAAGUAGUUGACAGAAAUUCCACUGUUGGCCACAUAUAAUUUUCAAUAAUGUUACUAUGAAUUCUUUGAUGGCCCACCAAUUUUAUCUCUAUAACUACUCACCUAUAGCCAACAGAAAGGAGUUUUGAAACUUUUUGACAUUAUUAAAACUUAAUAUUUUCCAUCAUUAUGGUGCCACAAAAUAGUGGGUGGAUUCAGAUGACCUAUUGGCAUGUAUAAUAAAUGUGUUGCCUCCUAAAUGUCAUUCCCUGAACAGGAUGAAAAAGCUAUAAUGUUAAGCUUGAAUGAUCAAACUGUCCAGUUACUAUGUGGAAAAUAUGGCCAUGUGAAUUCAGCUCCCAACUAUAAGACAAUACUUCAGAACUUCUAAUUGUGUUUUAUACUUAAUUCAUUGUAAAACUGUAACCUACACCGCUAUCAAUGUAACAGAAUGUUAUGCACUUAACUACUUUCCAUGGCAUAUAUGCAAAAAAAAUCUGUCGCAGCUUAAUUUCCACACUGUUUCAUGUUUCUUAAUAAUUAAAUUAUAUUUGCAUAUUUUAAAACUGGUCAUUCUAAAAGGUCUGAUUUUUAUUGAAUAUCUUAUUUAACAAAGGGCACUGGGUUUGUGUUACAUAUUUAUAUUAUUUUAUUUUAUUUUUUUAUAAUAUAGACAUCACCUAGAUGAACAGCUUUGCCAUGUCCUGUAAAAUACUAAAGUUACAUUUUUCUCCAACUUUAAUUGGAAUGACGGGGAAUGAAAGAGACAACAAACUCUUUCCUAUCUUGCGGACCCAAUGUAGAAAUGUAUCUUUGUUUCGACUUUUGUUCAUAAUCGACGGAGAAGCAACACCAAUCAACUAGUCACUGUAAAUGUUGAAAAAAAGUUAUUUCCUGUGCGUCAGGACUGGUCCGUUUAUAUGCUAAUAGAAUCUAUUACAGAAUUCACACUGAAUGGAACAUCACUGGAUAGGAGCUCACUUUAGCUCAUGUCUUGCCUGUGUAAGAGGAUUCUUGUACAAAUCAUUAAAAUUAUGAUUGUUGACAAAUAUGGUUAAAAAUGUAAAUGAUUCUUGGAAAAUUAACAGAAUACUAUUUUCCUUUUUGUAAAUGUAUCAAUAAAUUUGGUGUACAUGCUGUA